AUGCACCGUCCACGCAACGUAUGUCCUCAGUGCGGGAAGAACGUCAUACACCUCCAAGAGCACAUCAGAGGAACCCAUGGAGAGAAGCUGCUCAAGUGCGAAUUGUGCGAUAAAUCUUUCUCGUCCGCUAACCGGUUGAGUAAGCACAAGUUGGUGCAUGCGAAUGUCUACAAAUACGAAUGCGAAACUUGCCGGAAAAAGUACAAAACGAAGUUCUCGCUCAGUGUGCACCAGAGGUCGCAUGCUGAUGUUAAACCGUUCCAGUGUUUGGUGUGCUCUAAGGGUUUUGUCACUAAAAGGUGUAGGGAUGAUCAUAUGAAAAACCAUCGAUAA